CCGCCCGCCUCUCUUCCUCCGCAGACCAGCAUCCUCGAGUCCUUCUCCUCUUUCCGCUUCCUCUCGUUCGCCGACGUUCCUUUCGUCCCCACAGCCAUGUUCUCCACGCUCCUUUCUGCAGUCUUGGCCGCCGUCGCGCUCGCCGCGCAGACGAACGCCGAGUACCAUACCAUUCGUUUCUACAACGCGUGUGGCUUCGGAACGCCGACGCUUCUGGCGAACGGAGACGUCCUUUCGACCGGCGAGGACUACACGAGCGACGGGCCCUUCUCUUCUGCUAUCGCCUACCUGCAAAAUGGCAACCAAUGUGGAUACAAUGGGGAACACUGCACGUUGAUGGAGAUGACCAUGAGCAACCCAACCUGUGCUGGGUGCGGUUCGUCGGUCGAUCUUUCUCUCAUCGACCCGCAUUCAUUCAGCUACUGGACCUCCUUCGCGUACUUCAAUGGAUGUGAAAAUACUGGUGCUAACUGCCCUGCGGCGGGUUGCGCCGCCGCAUUCUACUACUCCGACGAAACCCAGGUCCAGGUCGCCUGCCAGGCCGAUAACGCUGGCCUGCUCAUCGCAUUCUGCGCGGAUGCCACCACCCUCGACGCGAACAACCUGCCUGGCACCAGCCCUUCGUCCAGCUCCGAGCACCCUCGACUAGCAGCACCUACGUUGCCCCGACUUCGACCUGGUCAAGCUCAUCGACUUAUGUCGCCCCGACCUCGUCGGCCGUUUCUGCAUUCUCGGGCUCGGUCUCUAGCUCCUCCGCUGCUCCGUCUACACCCUCUGCGAAGUGCCCUGCUCGCAACGCCAAGCGCUCCCUUCGCCUCAACCAGAAGCGUGAGGCUGCUCCUGAGCCUGUUGCCAAUGUGGCGGCGGUCCGCCACCACGCUCACCGCGCCAGCCACUAAAGUGCUACACGUCACUGGUGUUCCUCGGCUGCCCUAGCUCUGAAGUCUUGGACCUGUACUGGCUGUCUAUUUGAGCUCUCCUCCCUCCCCUACUAGUUUUGAGUGGCUGUUGUCCGCACGCACUUUAUAUCCACUUCUCCGUGCGGUGCGUUGGUUCAGUGUUUUGUAACCCCUGCCCUUAUUUGUAUACGCGGUGCCCUGGUAUGGGAGCGAGGCUAGUCUUGUCUGCCCUGGUACUGCCACACAGGCAUAGCUGUCCUCGAGCCCGUGCCUGUGCGUUUUUAUUGCCCGGUUGUGCGU